GCCUUUCUUCGUCUUUUUAGUAUUUCUUUAACCAAAUUUCCGUUCUGUCAACGCAACUCUCACUUUCCCUUUAUACUUCAUCAGUGCCAUCAUCUACAUAUCCUGAAAAAAACCAAAUUUUGAAGUUUUGAAACUAUCAAGUUAACAGUUUUAAAUUGAGUUUUGAGUCAAAAAGUGCUUUUUAUUCCCACUUUCAAAACAGGGCAAAAAUAAAAUUAUCUUUUCCUUGAACCCCACAUGGAGAAAAACCAAGAAAUGGCACUGACCCAAAUGAGGAAGUCAGUUGAGAAGCUUGGCUCUUCCACUGAGGGCUAUGGGGACCCAACACUUAUGAGGUUCUUGAUUGCAAGGUCAAUGGACCAAGACAAAGCAGCCAAGAUGUUUGUCCAGUGGCAAAACUGGAGGGCUGCAAUGGCGCCCAAUGGGGCCAUUUCUGAAUCUGAAAUUCAAGAUGAAUUGGAACCCAGAAAAAUUUAUCUACAAGGUUUAUCAAAGGAUAAAUACCCAGUGAUGAUUGUCAAAGCAAGCAAGCAUUUCCCUUCUAAGGAUAAUGUCCAAUUUAAGAAAUUCGUGGUUCAUCUGCUAGACAAAACUAUUGCAAGUUCUUUCAAAGGAAGAGAAAUUGGUAAUGAAAAGUUGAUUGGCAUUCUUGACCUACAGAAUAUUGGAUAUAAGAACAUUGAUGCGAGAGGAUUGAUCACCGGAUUUCAAUUCCUACAGGCUUACUACCCUGAACGUUUAGCAAAGUGCUUCAUUCUACACAUGCCACGAUUCUUUGUGAGCGUUUGGAGAAUGGUUUCUCGUUUCCUUGAGAAGGCUACAUUGGAAAAGAUUGUGAUUGUUACCAAUGAGGAUGAAAGACUAGAUUUCAUAAAGGAAGUUGGUGAGGAAGUCCUGCCAGAAGAAUAUGGGGGGCGAGCAAAGCUUGUAGCUAUUCAGGAUGUUGUACUUGCCUCAUUGGAGGGUUGAUUCCACAGAUAGAUGUAGGUGGCUGAUAUUGCAAUAACAACUCUUACUAAUAUCAUGUAAAAUGAUACUAUUGUUGAAAUAACAGGUGGUGGCUACUUUCAACCUAAUCUCUUUUUGCUAUAAGCAGCAAUUAGUAGUUAUAUGAGGCCCCAAUGUCUUAAAGUUUCCCAAACAUUCCAUUAAUACUGUAUUCAAGCAGCAAAAUGGUUUCAGCUU